AGAUGCCUAUCCAAGCUCUCUCGGCACGUGAAAUCAUCGAUUCCCGUGGUAACCCCACCGUCGAAGUGGACCUCACCACCGACAUUGGAACCUUCCGUGGAGCCGUUCCAUCUGGUGCUUCCACCGGUAUCUAUGAGGCUUGUGAGCUUCGUGAUGGCGAUAAGGCUCGCUUCAUGGGCAAGGGAGUUCUCAAGGCUGUUGAGAAUGUUACCAAUGUCAUCGCUCCCGCCAUCAUCGGCAUGAACCCUGUGGAGCAGGAGGCCAUCGACAACAAGAUGAUCGAGCUUGAUGGCAAGCCCAACAAGGACAAGCUCGGCGCCAAUGCCAUCUUGGCUGUUUCCUUGGCUGUUUGCAAGGCUGGUGCUGCUCAGAAGGGAGUUCCCCUCUACCGCCACGUUGCUGAUUUGGCUGGAACUGGCAAGCUGGUGCUUCCCGUGCCUUGGAUGAACGUCAUCAACGGAGGCUCCCAUGCUGGCAACCGCCUUGCUAUGCAGGAGUUCAUGAUUGGACCUGUUGGUGCUACCUCCUUCAAGCAGGCCCUUCAGAUGGGCUGCGAGGUCUACCACAACCUCAAGGCUGUCAUCAAGAAGAAGUACGGCCAGGAUGCCUGCAACGUUGGAGAUGAGGGUGGUUUUGCCCCCAACAUCCAGGAGAACGACGAAGGCCUCAAGCUCCUCGUCGAGGCCAUCGAGAAGGCUGGAUACACCGGCAAGAUCAAGAUCGGCAUGGAUGUGGCUGCCUCUGAGUUCUGCAAGGAGGGCAAGUACGAUUUGGACUUCAAGAACGAGGAAUCCAAGCCGGACACCUACUUGAGCGGUGAGCAGCUCAAGGACCUCUACAAGUCCUUCGUGCAGAACUACCCCGUGGUCACCAUCGAGGACCCCUACGAUCAGGACGACUGGGAUUCCUACACCAAGUUCACCUCCGAGAUGGACAUUCAGGUCGUCGGAGACGAUCUUUUGGUAACCAACCCUGCCCGCAUCACCACUGCCCUCGAGAAGAAGGCUUGCAACGCUCUCUUGCUCAAGGUCAACCAGAUCGGAUCCGUGACUGAGUCCAUCAAGGCUGCCAAGAUGUCCAUGGACAAUAACUGGGGCGUUAUGGUUUCUCACAGAUCUGGUGAGACCGAGGAUUGCUUCAUCGCUGACCUCGUCGUCGGCCUCGGAACUGGUCAGAUCAAGACUGGAGCUCCUUGCAGGUCCGAGAGAACUGCCAAGUACAACCAGCUCCUCCGUAUCGAGGAAGAGCUCGGCAAGGAUGCUGUUUAUGCUGGAGAGAACUUCCGCACUCCUCAAAAGUGA